AUGGUCGCGUUCUCGAGUGCGCAUGUGCGGCACAAGAGCACGUCCCGAGCAGGCAUUGUUUAUCCACACCAGUCUAACGUAGCUACGCGCUACCUUCUUACCUUUGCGUUUUCUGCAUCCACAUCUGCUUCUGUUGUGGACAUAUACCCGAAGAAAACCGGACUGACCACGGCAGCAUCGGAUCCAAAGGCAUGAUGAAGACGUUCACGCUGGAAGGUGCUGCCAAAAGAAGUUCACGCCGGGGUUGGUGAUACCCCGAGGUGCUGAACUUGGGAGGAUGUCGGCGACGUGCUACUGUACACAUCAGGGCCGGCCAGAUGUCCGCGCGUGUAAAUACAUUACAUGCUUGAGGUAUCCUGCUAGUUUCAUUGCACGUAGAUGUCUAUCUGUGUGGGGAGAACCAGGGCCGACAAAGGUGGUGGCCAGAUGGUGUCACAGGGCAACAUAUCAUGGGGGCGCACGCCAGGUACCAUUGAGUUUCAUGGUGCCCCACUGUCAUUUUUUUCUUUUGUGGUGCCUGCAAUCCGGCCGCGUGGUUAGUGGACUCUUAUAAUGGAUCGAUUCUGUAGGCUACCAUAUUUACACUGCUUUUCAAAUCAUAUCUUGCACCUGGUCAAACAUUGGGAAUUGGCGAACUUUUUUGUAAGGGAUCCUCUUUUUGCGUUUGCGAAGGGUGGCAUUGCACAAGGAUAUACCAUGCAAUUUUAUGGCUCACCAAAGCUCCUCCUUCGCAAGAAAUCCGUUUGGUACGGUAUACACGUACCGUUUGGGACGGUAUACACGUACGCUACUUUCAAAGGGCUAAUUGUUACCUAGUUGUCGGGUAUGGGAUAUCUUACAAAAGUUACCCAGUGACGGGUAGGGUAUGAUGUUGUGGGAAAACACGCGUAGCAAUCCCUUAGGAAUAUCUGAGAGUGCAGAUCGAAACGUGGGAAGGAGCUGCUGGUACGCAUCAGCUGCCAGCAAAGACGCAGGGAAAGGCGAUCGACGGAGCCGACCGCUCAGCGUUUUCUGUCGAUACGGUUGUUCACGUUGUCCCGACGGUAUGACAGUUCCGUUUUGUCCUUUUUUGUGUUGUGACCUUAUAUGACAUGUGUGGCGUUGGCAGUUUUUCUGGGACUACAACAAGUAUUCCUUUUGUUUCUAUGUGUUCGUAGGCCACUUUUUCCCUUACUCUACCCUUUCCUUGUAGUUGGGUCAACGAUGGUCUUGCGACUCAUCGUGUGAGGUGUGGGAAGGUGAAUAUUGGUAUUUUGGAGCUCCACAUGCCCGACCCUUCCAUAUUGGGAUUCAACAAUAAAUUGUCAAGUUCCGAGGUUUCUAUCUGGGUAUGAGCACCUCCAGGAUAGGCUGUGUUGUUGUGGGAUUUGAAUUUCCUCGAAGAGACAGAUACGGUCCCUAGCACUCAGAACGGUAAAAAACAACGUGAAUGAACAAUGGUUUUUCAGUCCGA